CUCACCCACAGCUGAUCAAAUGUCAAAUUGUCAAGAAAAUGGAGUUUUUUAGUUACGCAUUUUAGAUUUCUUGAUAAAAAAUGCAAUAUGAGGUCCAGUAACUUGAGUUUUAUGGCUCACCAAGGCUAGAAUGGAUAGAACAACUCCAUUUCAACCAUGGGCUGCUGAAGAAAGUGCGAAAAAUAUAAAAACCGAAAGAGAAGUGGAUGACGCGAAACUUCAUCGGGAAAAUGUCAAUCAUCCAAAACAUACGCAAACUGCGUCUUACGAUAAAGAAAGUGUCGCCGUCGCGAGCUGCUCCCCAGGGUCAUCAGGCAGCGCGGGCGCUGGUGCUGACCCCGCGAAGGGCAAGGAGUCCAAAAUGGACACUGCCAAAAUAGCUUCCAUGCAGCAGAUCGUAGAGAACACCCUCAGCCAAGAAGGUCGACAGCGAGUGGCCCAACUGCUAGAAGCAGUGGAGGCUUUAAGCGGCGCAGAGCGCCUGCUAUUGUAUCUGCGGCUGCCGACCGGAGUACCACCACACGACCCCUUGAAACAGCCUAUUAACCCUUUGGGCUCAAGGGCUGAACUUCAGCAGACUGUAACAUGGAUACAGACACAUUUAGAAGUUGACCCCGACGUUUCUUUGCCCAAACAAGAUGUAUAUGAUGAAUAUAUUGCACACUGCAUGAGCAGUAACAUGAAGCCCCUUUCGACUGCCGACUUCGGCAAAGUGAUGAAACAAGUUUACCCCACGGUGCGGCCGCGGCGCCUCGGGACUCGCGGGAAUUCUCGAUAUUGCUAUGCUGGCCUUCGGAAAAAGGUCAAGUUAGAAGUACCACAAUUGCCAGAUUUAGGCGAAUCUUCGAAGGAGGUAAAUGUGGGAUCGAGAGAAACGGAGCGAAUAGUGUGUGACUGGGCCGAAUCAAAACUGGGCAUAAAGUUCCCGAGCAUUCUGGAGCUGUCGCGGCAUCUGGUGGGCGGGGCCGCGCUCGCGCCGCCCGGCCCGCCCAGCGCGUCGCCGCCGCCGCUCGCGCAGCCGCACGUACCACCUGACGAAACGGCAAGUAGGCAGCUGAUGAAACAACUGAAACGGAAGAUUCAGGCGCCAGGGACUCCCGGUCGUCCGAAGAAAAACAAGGGCCAGGAGGCGGCCGGGGAGUCGCCGCCGUCCACGUCGUACGGCCUCCACCCGCCCGUCAAGCACGAGGGCGAGCCGCCGCCGGAGCCCUACGCGCCGCCCUACCCCGCCUACCCCGCGCCCGCGCCCUACCCCGCCUACGCCGCGCCGCCGCGCGCGCACCCGCCCGCGCCCGCGCCGCCCUGCCGCGACCCCUACGCCUUCGAGCCCUACCGCGACCCCGCCGCGCCCGAGCCCGCGCCCAUCAACCUCAGCAGCGACGGCUGGGNACCCGCCGCACCCGCCCCACCCGCCUCAUCCGACCCAUCCGCCCACCCACCCCAUCCGCCCCACCCACCUCAUCCGCCCCACCCGCGCCUUCCCCUGCCCGGCAAGAAGCUCAUCCUCGAGACCUACCAGAGCGAGGCGCGCGCCGGGCGCCCCCCGCCGCCCGGCGACUUCCACACCGAGUACCUGCCCAAGAAGAUGCGCGCCGCCGAAAUCCUCGGCGGGAAGCUGGCCGCCGCGCGCCACGCCGCCACCGCCGCCGCCGCCGCCUCCACCUCCGCCGCGCCGCCCGCGCCCGCCGCUCGCCCCGAGGUUGCUUUUUUAGAGGAUCCAAAAAACUUAACGAGCCGGUCCAAAAGCACCGCCGCGGCGCUGGCCCGGGAGGAACAGGAGGCGGCGAGUCCCACGCGGGCGGCGAAGGCGCCGACCCCUAGGGCGGAGCCCCGGCGCCGCCGCCGCGCGCCCCGCGCCGCCACGCCCGACGCCUGCUGCGGGCUCGACGGCAUCAGCGUCCGCACCGGCGUCAUCUGCGAGGAGCGGCACACCGAGAUCCUCAACCGCGAGCGCGUCAUCAGCAUCUGCAACAUCGACAAGCACGACCUGGACGACUACCUCAACGAGGGCAGCAGCCAGGAGCACGAGGAGGAGCUGCUGCAGUACUUCCAGACGCGCGACGGCGCCCCCCCGCCCGCGCCCCCGCCCGCCGUCGCGCCCGGCGCGGACGACGCCGGCGGGCCUUUUUUAGAGACGAGCCAAGACCCCCAAGAUGACCACAGUCAGGGUAAGAACGAAAAAAUAUCGCAGCUCCGAGAAUUGUUGGCGAAGAAUCUGAAGAACCAAAGCGGAUCCUCGUCCCAGAAUAUGACGAUCGAUCCGGACGCCCAGCUCGACUCGAGUCAGGAGGAUGCGCAUAAUCAGCAAAAUAUGAAGCUGCCCGUCGUCUCGGAGGGGGCGUUCAAACCGCUCGGGGGGCCCGGCGACGUCGAAGCGGUUAACGGUCCGACCGUGAAUCAAGGCGUCGCUAAUAAUAAGCAUUCGACCGUGCACGAAAACGGGACGUCCCUGUCGUACGUCGGCGACAACUCCGGUCAAAUGUUGCCGUCGGUCGGCGGGACGCCCGUGUACAACGGCCACUGUCACAAUGAGCCGCAAAGCCCGACUUCUAGAACGCAGCAGUACGAUUUCGUACCCAUUUCUGAUGGUUGCCACUCGCCUGGAAAUUUCCAUUCCAAGUCGCCUUUGGGGUUCGGCCAGAGAUGUCAAAGCCCGACCAAAGUGAAUAAACCGAUAAUGAGUAGUUCUUUACAAACGUCGCCUAUUUCUCACAGCACAGCGGCCAGUCCUUUCGUUAGCCCGAGAAACACGCCCGUUCCACGCUCGCGUCUGUGUCCCAGACCUAUACCGAAGCUCAACGGGCGUAAAAGAAGAAAUCCACUGUCGCUAGGAAUGGCUGACCAGUGUCCUAAACAGUUUGCAAUACCCAACGACCAAAAAUUUAUGAACAAGACGCCCAUGUGCGGGCCGGGCAAGUACUGCCCGUCGCUGCAACCGAUGUCGGCUCCGCCCUCUCCGAAUAUUCUGUCGUCUCAGUACAAAACGCAUUUUCAUUGCGGUAAUUUACCAAAUGGUGCUAAUAAUUUAACUUUAAACUUUUUGCCCAAUGUACCGAUGCGGGAUCACAUGAACGGAGAGCUCACACAACCUCUGUCCGCCGAUCCGUUGUCGAGUGAGGUGAGCCAAUUUUUCCAAGAACCGGUCGUCAACUUCAGAUCGGGUCACGACUCUUUCCGGUCACAAUCGGUGCCGCUCAAACAAGCUAUCAACAACCUAGGAUUGCUGAGUUACAACAACACUCCCGUCGGUUCGGUUCCACCGACGCCCGUUCCCAACGAGUUCUGUGAUUUUGGAUCUUUAGCAGAGACCUGCGAUAUAUCGAAAGCGUGUCUCAAUCCCGAAACGUUAGAUAAGAUAUACAACGCAAUAGACAGCAGCAACGACGUGCUCAACGCAGGCGCAGGACAGACUCUCCUGAAUUCCAACGACACGUUGAGUAACGGUUGUGAUCCGCUGCCGGAACAACAAAUAUUGUCCGACGAACAAUUCAACUCGCUGAUUCCGAGCGGAGAAGACUUGCUGGACAGGGGCGCGCAGUUCAACCAGAGCUUCAGCAACGACGCCGCGGCCCCGGACAACGUGGACGACUUUCUCAAACGUUCCAACAGCAUAGAAUUCGAUCUGUCCGAGUUGGAAACCGACAAGAGCAAGUACUACUCGUCGCGAUCCGUGCCGAGCACGCCGCUGCCUUUCAAGAGGGCGGCGCCCAAUCUGCAAAUAGAUUCCUGCCGUUCGAGGGAGCUGUUUCCCGGGGACAACUGUUCGAGCGUGUCCAACGGCUUGUCCUCGAAGUCCGUGCCGUCGACGCCGCAGCUCGUGGAGGACAGGCGGGUGUUCAGCUACAGCAACGGGGACUACCUGAUCAACGGGAACUCCGUGUGCGGCUCCGGCCAGCUGCACGGUAUGAUGGACGGCGAGCAGGGCCUGGCGUCGCCGCUGCACGACAUGCUGCGCGAGGAUAUGCUCAACCCCUUGACGCCUGCGCUCCUGGCCGACCUCGACAAGAUGGACAGCACGCCAUACGUCGACCUCUAGUCAGCCGUUGUCCGUAUCGCCGCUUGUACAUACUAGGUUAACGUUAGUCGUUCGUACGGAUGCCGAAAUGUUGGAUGUCUCUAAAGAGUACAAUGUUUAUGUGUAUGCCUUCAGUGAAGGCUCGAACUGAGCUGUGCGCGCCCGAUUUCGGAUCGCACGCUCCCAAAAUUGAGUCAAUAUGUGCACUGCAAUAUGUGAUAAAAUAUAAAAUCGAUGCGAUUUCAAUUAUUAGAAAGUAAGCAAAAGUAAAUUAAACGCUACUAUGAUGAUGAUUCUGACUUAGACAGAUUGCACGCGAUGCAUUAAAGGGAAAGCGUCUGCAAUAUCAAUAUUAUUAUUACGAUUUGAUUUACUAUGGUUUGUUGUAACGCUUCCGUGGUCUCAGAGCGAUACGAAAAAUUUAUAUGUAAAUAAUUUUCACAGUUGUGAAUUUAAUGGCCCGUCUUGCUCGGAGACCACGGGCUUAUAUUAAUUAGACUAUUAUGUAUUUUACAACUAUUUUAAUACUGUUAUUUACAAAAACUCACACAAUGAGGUUGGAAUUAAUAAAUGUAGCGGGUGUUACUUUGUCUCUCUUUAACAGUAUAAAAAAUGAGCAAAGAGACUUCAGCCGUCGCAUUUCUUAUCCUAACUUUAAUCUGUGCGGAUUGUAUGUGUUAUUACUAUUUUUAUUUUAAACAUUUUAUAUUAUUGACAACUUUUUAACUCUAUCUAUUACAUGAUCAUGGCCCUAAUUUGUUAUUAUAACACAAGCAUUGUUGGUAAAACACCAUGAUUUUUUAUGAUAAUAAUUUACAUACAUGCAUGUAUAUAAUAUUAUUAUUUCCACAUUCCUGUGUAAUCGAUGGUAAAUUUUUUAUUUAUUUAUUAAGAUUUAUUGUGGGCUCGAACAGGAUUUCAUAGUGCUAAAAAUUCAACAAAUGUGUAAAACGUUAGACUAAUUGUGACUGUUCUAUUAAUAUAAUAUCUAACUAUUUAAAUUAUUAUGAUAUAAAUCAAAUAUUGGGGAUCGAGUUUUGGUAUCUUUAGGUGCCAGUCCAGUUUGGACUCCAAACAUGUUGGUUACGUGUUUGUUCACUAGUAGUUUUUUAUUACAAAUGACAAUUGUAGAACAAUUUAAAUGUCUCGAUACCUAAAAUGUAGUGCGUUCUGUUUAUAAAGCAUUUGUCACACUGGUGAUUCGUAGUGAUUAAUGCUCUGAAUGUUUAUAAAAAAAUUAAAAGAGAAGAAUGAGCAUUCGCUUUAUUGGUCUAAACUCUAAUGCAUCUAUACGCACAUUCGAUUGAAAUUGAAGAUACAGAAGUCGCAUAUUGAACUGUUAUGUGCCUAAUGACAAUAUGAAAGCUCAUCACAAAUCACAUUGGUAACAUCGAAAUUUUAUAUAUACAUUAUAUAUUUCGUAGUGUUACAAUCCAUAGUGAUACUGUAAAUUAGCUGAACAACAGUUCCAUCAACAAAUUGUUACGAUUGUAGCUAUGUAGUAUUUAUCCAGACCAAUGCAGCGUGCCAAGCGCGCUUAGUGAAUAAAUUAAAAUUGAGUUUUAAGAGAAAUAUAAAUAGUGUAUUAUAGUUUAUGAAAAUGAAUUUAUUGUAAGUUAGCACAAAGAUUUAAUAUAUUUUAUUAUCACAUAGAAAUUUUACUGAUAUACUAAAUUUACAUUGAACGCAUGAAAUGCGAAGUGAAAUUUUAAAUCUGCCAAUAUGGCUGCAUUGAUUGAGCUUAGGAGACGAUUCGAAAUAUUAUUUGUUCGUUGUGAAAAGGAGGCCGGCCUAAACUAAUGAAGCGACCGAAACGUAAUAAUCCGUAUCAAUUGCGUUAAAUUGGCAAAUUUCAAAAAGUGGUUUGCUAUGUAAUGUAUUAUUUCCUUACUAAUUCUUAUUGCUGACGGAAAGAUAAUAAUAGUUAAGUUACUAUUUGUCUACUAGACAGCAUUUAUUAGUAAGGGGUAUGUUUUGGAGGGAUACAAGUUACACAGGCAGCUUAUAAUUUAUAUUAGAUAUUUAAGUUACUUCUGUAUUUUUUAAACUAAACUCGUGGGUGCACUGUAUGGAGGGAUUCCUCGACCUUAUGUUUAUUCAACUAAAUACGGCGUGAAAAAUGAUGUUCGAAAAAUGACAUAUAUCUAUCUCUUUUCUUAGUAAACAAAAGCCAAAAGGUUCUCUUCUCCACACCUGCGCCCACGCAUCCUGAACCGAAGACAGUCGGCCGGCUUCAUAUUGUGGUCCAAAAGAUAGAUUAGCUCCCAAUAGGGUCCUUAAAUUGUUUUGCAAGCUCGGUUCUGACAAGCGAAAGUUAAAACAUUUGAAUUUUACAGUUCCGUUUUGUACAAAACAGCGCGGUUGCAAAUAGGACUAAAAUUAUUUAAGACAUUUCUCGAAAGUGCAAUAGAUCUUUGAUGUCUGAAAUGUCUACAUGAAAUAACUUCGUUUACUUUUGUAAAGAAAGUUAAGAUGAUAAAAAAUAUAACAGGUUUCUCAGUAUAUCGGUGGAUAUUUGGAAAGUAUAUUUACUUUUAUACUAACGUUUUUGAGUUAGUAAACAGACAUUCGCCGACACAAAUCUCUAAAAUGGUAUUCUCUUAUGUGACGGUCAAUCGAUCAAAUUCAAACUUAUUGAUUGGUUGCACUCAUUAUUUAUACAUAAAAUUGAUCUUCAAAUAGGGUUGAUGCCGUUCUUGGGUGUAGUUUCUGAAUACUAUUAAAAAGUUAAAACUGGAGUUAUGAUAGGAUUUCACACAAAUACCGACCCUAUUAAUAUUUGCACAUUACAUUUAUGGCGUCAUUUACAAUUUAAAAUAUUUCCUCUACCUGUGCCUCGUAAAUGAAUACGAUAAAAGCUUAUUAGAACAUUUGUUAUAACGCUUGUACAAAUAACACACUGAAUCGACAGGGAUAUUGCUAAUGUAAGUGAAACCGAAGACUGUUUUAAAGUUUGUAGAUAUUUUCAACCCAAAAUAAUUCAUUUCAACAUCACUUUGUAAGAGGGAUGUGACAACGAACGAUUUAAGUGAUCAAUGUUAUAUUAUAAUAUUCCAAUUUGGUACAACUUACCAAAAUCGACUAGUACCUAAUUACUCUUAAGUUGUACAUUUGCUAAGGUACAUUUUCUUAUUGUUAGUAGACAGUAAAGCAACGUGUAAAUAUUUUAAUGUUUAUUCCAUCUCACAUAACCAAUUAAAAUAGAUAAACCAAUAACAGUCAUUAUGUGUCCAUUAUUGCUAUUAAGAUUGUGAAAAUGUAUGACGAUGUCGACUUAUGCCUGAGGGAACCAUUUUGUUUUUUUUUUUUAUAAACAGUAAGUUACUAAAUGAACUAAUAUAGCAUCUCAUUUACAAGAUAUAAACACGUUACUGAACAUUAUACAAUGUUAUAAAUAAUGCGCUCUUUAAUAAGACACAAUCUCCUAAGAGUAAACACACUUUGUACCUACAUCACAAAUGUGUCAAGCUAUCUUUGAGGAGACAAAUAAAAAACUAAUGUAUAAAUAAUGCUUUCACAAAAUAUACAUUGUAUUGUCUUAAUAUUUAAUUUAUGGUUCCCGGUUUCUUUCUAGAUAGUUUGUCAAUUUUUUAGCUAGCAGGAUUGUGUUAAAGUUUUAUACAUAAUCAAUGGUACAACCA